CAGGGCAUCAGCAGCUAUACACGAUACAACAACACGGAGCAAUUCAAGGGAUACUCCGUUCAAGUCGAUGAUUUCCAUGGCAUUCAACGCCUCGAUUUAACUCAAGCAGAUGGCAAGAUCAUGCAACCCAUGUAUCUCGCCUACCUACCGCCCAAGAUGCUCCCUACCUCAACUUUGAACCCGAUGCCUAGGGGUUCUCGCAAGAAGCGUGACUUGUCCGGGUCUGGCUUUCGUCUGGUCAUUAAAGAGGAGCUCAUCAACCCGGAUCGAUGGUGGUGGUUUGGUGUAUUAAUGACUUCUCUCGGAGGAUUGGCGUUUUUCUGCUCGUAAAAGAGGAUGUUUCCUGUUGCAGGUCUCCUGGCGUUUGUUUUUGGCGUUCGGGUCCCCUUUAUUCCCCGUGUAGCUUUUGAAUAAUAAAGUCUCGCUUCUUCCCUUCGCUCUCUUUUGUACUUCGAUGUCGUCGAAUGAACGGGGAUAUCCAAAAUAUUGUAACAAAACUAUUAUACAUGUGGUGCAUUUUGUUUGCACCAAUACGGCUCAUCUGCUCUCUGCACUUUUUUUUUCUCUCUCUCUCUCUCAAGCAGAAACGGCCUUCUUGACCAGCCCAGCAACCUCUUUCCGGUCUGCGGGCUUGCCAUCAAGAGCACCACCGGGGGCAAACAGAGCUUUCAAGACUUGUCCGACCUCCAGCUUUUUACCGGCUUCCUUGAUAGCGGCAAUCUCCUUUGAAAUCACAGCUUCGACCUCCUCUACCGUCAAGGUCUUGACGUGACCGGCAUACUCCUCCAAAAUCGCAAUCUGGGCAUCUUCUUUCUCUUUCAAAUCCGGUCGGUCGGCUUCGGCGAAUUGUUGGGCAGACUCUUUAGCAGCAGAAGCUCGUUUCCGAAUCAGAGAGAGCAGCUGGAUAUCGGUCUGAAUGGGGGAGGCAGUUUUGGCGGCGUUGUUGGUUUCGGAGAUCAAGGCACGGAGAACAUUAAGGCUGCAAUAGUAAGUCAAAAGGCACAUCUGAAGCGCUGCUGCCUAAGCAUCACGCGAGGAAUGAGAUUCAUUCGAUGUUCUACCUACCGAGAGGUAUCCUUUGCUCUCAUUGCCGUCUUAAGAUCAUUGCGCAGAGUGGCCAUCAACGGCGGCAGUGUCGGACCAGCCGUCGAGUUCCAGCGCACCGAGCGCAGAGGGACUCGAACGGAAAGGCGCAUGGACUGGAACAUUGUGAAGAUGAAAAGUAUUUCUGCCUAGAGUAAGACAAAGAAAAGCUUGUCAAUGGCAGAAUAAAAUCUGAAGGCAGACGAAGAUUAGAAACUUGAGAACGAACCCAACCCAGCCCUCCUCUCUACUUAUUCUACCAUCGCCCUCCUUCCCACUCCACGCAAACUCCCCUUUGAAUAAAGCGUUUCUUUCCAUUGAUUGAUCCUGCAGCUUCUUGUGUGCUUUUUCGCUCGGCCGGGGAGUCGUGCCCUCUCUCCUCCCAUCUCCUCCCCAGCUGUGCACCCACGAAUCCAUCGUCAUGUCGUACCCAACAUUGCCCACCAACUUCGCGCCUCCGACGCCUCAGAGGCCACUUCCUGGGGCAUAUUUGCAGACCCCUGCUGUCGCUCGUAAUGCAUCGUUCCAAUCGCCUCCUCAACAGCGACAGCCGCUGCAACUGCAACUGCAGCAGCAGCAGCCGCAGCAGCCGCAACCGCAACCACAACAGCCACUGCCCCAAGGCAUCGCGUCACAAUCUUCGCUUUUGCCUAGAAUGCCCCCGGCGGCUUCGCAAACUCAAACCCAGACCUUGACCACCGAGGAACGUGGCGCGCGCACCAUCAAUGAGACUCUUUUGAAAGAAUCACGGUAUCCCGACCUUGACAGCUAUCUGUCUCAGGGCUUCUCCUCCGAAUAUGACAUCCCCGUAUCCCAAUCAUGGGCUCCAUUCCAAAAAGUCAAAAUGUACAAUAUCCCCGAUCAAAUCUUCGAUCAGUACAAUCGUGCCCAAGUAUCGACGAGCAUGGGUCUCUUCGCCGAGUUGAACCACGCAUGGGUGGCAAUUGAUAAUGCGUUGUACCUUUGGGAUUUCACACAUCCGAGUCCGCAAUUGGUAGGCUUCGAGGAUCAGCCAAACAGUAUCAACGCGGUCAAGCUAUUGAAGCCGCGCGCGGGAGUGUUCUUGCCCGCAAUCACUCACUUGCUCGUGGUGGCUACGACUGCGGAGGUGAUCUUGCUCGGCAUGGGUGUGGAAUCAACACCCAAUGGAUCCAAGCAGGUCACUCUUUACCAGACUGGAAUGUCGGUGUCGGUUCGUGGACUCGAUAUCAACGUGUUUGCUUCGUCCGACGCUACCGGCCGUAUUUUCUUCGGAGGAUUGUCCGACAAUGAUGUUUAUGAACUUACAUACCAACAAGAGGAAGGAUGGUUCCAGAAUCGCUGCCGCAAGAUCAACCACACCAGCUCCAGACUAUCCGCCUUUGCGCCGUCUCUGAGCUUUUCUAACCUCGCCGCCUUGUCUCAGAAAACCUCGGAGUAUGUGGAGCAAAUGGUGAUUGACGACAGCCGAAGACUUCUCUACACUUUAUCAUCCACCUCGACUAUCCGAGUCUUCCAUAUGAAGGAGGACGGCGCCAUCUCUCUUGCAAUUACCAAAGCGGCAUUGGAUAUCUACUCCAAUAUUGGACAUAUCAUCGCAUCUAAUGAGACUUUGAAUCCUAAGGUGAAGAUCGUCUCUAUCAGUCCUGUCCCCGCUGCGGAGGCAUCUCGAUAUCAUCUGGUGGCUACCACCGCCACUGGUUACCGAAUCUAUCUGAGUGCCACAAACGCUUAUAGCUGGGCCCCCGCGGCCACCGGCAGCAAUGCACCUACCAGCAUGCAGGCCCAGCAUGUCAAAACCCCCCCUGUCGAUAACACCGCCGCCUUUGCCGCCGUCUCGGCCCCAACCGAGUAUGGAGUGUCUCGACUCAACGCGGCCGUCACCAAAUUCCCGAUCCAGUCUUUGUCCCCUACGCGGAUGGCUACACGAUUCCCACCCGGAUUUUUCUUUUGCUUUACUUGCAAGGACCCCGCUCAGAAAAUGGACACAUUGUUCAUCUCCUCGCCCGAUCCCGGACGUCUCAACUACCAGCCGGAGAGUGUGAACAUUGCCAAGACCGCCGAGUCGGCCGUUUGGUUGAAUCUGGGUGGACGCGCAGAGGACAUUGGCCUGUGUUCCAGUGGGUCUACCGGAAUCUCGGGAGGUGGCUUUGGCAAUGAGCUGGCUGUUCAGUUUGACCAGGGAGCGGCUGAAAUUGCAAUUCUGACCAACAGCGGUAUUCAUGUCAUUCGUCGGCGACGUCUGGUCGAUGUCUUUGCUGCGUUGGCGCGCAGUCGUGGUACUGCUGAUGGCGAGGCCGGCCUCGAGCAGGAAGUUGUCAACUUCAUCAAAUCCUAUGGCCGCAAUGAGACGGUGGCUACUGCCCUUGCAGUGGCUUGUGGUCAAGGCGUGGAAGUUUCUCCAGAUCAGCGACUUACCCAGAUUAACGACCCGCACGUUUUGGACUUCGCUCGCAGGGUCUUCAUCGAGCAAGGUGGUCGACCAGUCCCGGAUGAGAAUUCCGUACAGGACAACAUCACUCCGGCCAUCGAUACCAUCCACCUUUCUCCCCGCCAUGACGGCAUUGCCCUGUACAUUUCGCGCCUGCUGCGGUCCAUCUGGAAGAAGAGCAUCACUCAGGUGGGCAAGGGACCAAACGGUGCCAUGUCCGUGUCUGCUUCGGUCAGCGCCGCCAAGCUGCGGAACAUUCAGCACGAUUUGUCCUCCCUUCAAGAGUUCUUCAAGGUCAACAAGAGCUUCAUCGAGGGUUUGACCGGGCCUGAGGAGCUGGCUCGAGUGUCCAACAAGCAGCAGGAGACGGCACUGCAAGCCGAGCACCGUGCUCUUCAUUCGCUCGUUCAACUCGUGUCUCACACAAUUGAAGGCAUUUCCUUCGUGCUGGUCCUCUUCGACGAGCGAGUCGACGAGAUCGUGGCUACCUUACCUGAAGAGUCAAAGGAGCGAUUCCUCAAGUUGACUUUCGAAGAGCUCUUCAGCACCAACAAGGGCCACGAUAUUGCCAAGGAGUUGGUCAAGGGUAUUGUCAACCGUAACAUUGCCAAGGGAUCCAACGUUGAGACCGUUGCGGAUGCUCUUCGCCGCCGAUGUGGUAGCUUCUGCAGCGCCGAAGAUGUGGUUAUUUUCAAGGCGCAAGAACAGCUCAAGCGUGCGACGGAAGCUGGUGCUAACUCGGAACUGGGUCGCAACUUGUUGAACGAGAGUUUGCUUCUGUUCCAACAAGUGGCCGAGAAUCUCCCAAUGGAUUACUUGGUUUCGGCUGUGGAUAACUAUAUCGCUAAUCAGUUUUUUGCUGGCGCCAUCUCACUCGCCCUUCACGUUGCUCAACGCUCCGACAAGGCCAACAUGGCUCUUUCAUGGAUCAUGGACGGCCGCCCCGAACAGGAUCCCCGCAAGCAAUACUUCCUCUUCCGCAAGCAAUGCUAUGAUCUUGUUUUUAAAGUCAUUGUUGCCGUGGAUACCCAGGCCGCUUCUGAUCCCAAGGUCAUUGAUGGUCAAUUGACUAUUAUUGCCAAGCGACAAAACGAGGCAUACGGCGUCAUUACCGACUCCUCUGACGAGGUAUUCUUGACCAGUCUGUACGAUUGGUACUUGGAGCAAGGCUGGAGCGACCGACUCCUCCAGAACCAGUCGGCAUUCGUCGUCAGCUAUCUGCAACGCAAGUCCAAUGACGACAUCUCUCACGCCGAUCUGUUGUGGCAAUACUACGCCCAAUCCCAGCGAUUUUUCGAGGCCGCCGAGGUCCAGUUCCAAUUGGCUCAGAGCUCGUUUGCGCUACCGCUCAGUCGGCGUAUCGAGUACCUGGGUCGUGCUCGUGCUAACUGCUCCACAUUAACCCGCGAUGUCGGCCGUCAGGAACGCCAGCGCCUGCUCCAGGAAAUUUCCAAUCUCAUCGACGUGGCCAACAUUCAGGAUGACCUCCUGCAGCGCCUCAAGGAUGACGAUCGUAUUGCUCCUGAACGCAAGACCGAAGUUCUCCGGGAUGUAGAUGGCCCUGUCCUCGAUAUCAGCACUCUUUACAACCAAUACGCGGACCCGGCGAGCUACAACGAUAUCUGCCUACAGAUCUUCUUCAUCGGCGAUUACCGGAAUGCGGCAGACAUCAAGGCCACCUGGCAGAAGCUGAUCCAGGAAGUGCAUCAACGGACAGUGGAUCGCGGCACGCCGCAGCCGUUUGAAGCGGUGGUCGAAAAGGUGCGCAGUCUUGGCAGCCGACUACGGAUGUCGGAGACGGUCUUCCCCGUCCGCGAGCUCCUCCCCAUGCUCGAACGAUAUUCGCUAGAGUUCCAACGCCAAGUGGGCGCGACCUACUGGGUGGUCGAUCUGUUCCUGGAUCUGGGUGUUGCCCACGACGCGCUUUUCACCGUUUUGGAGGCGAUGUUCUAUACCGACGAGGCGCCCUUCCACGGACAGAACCGCCGGUUCAUUGCCAAGGAUUUGCUGUAUCUGUUGGAAGGAUGGUUCCGGGAAAGUGCCCGGCUGGGUGGCAUGGUCUUCGGAGGAGACAGCCAGGCCGAGCGAGUUUCGGAGAUAUUGUUGAUGAUUAUGCAGGCCGGAACUGCGACGACACCAGAAAUUACGGAGCGGUGCCAGGAAUUGCGGCAGCGCAUUGAGGAUUUGCUACGGUGAUUUAGUUUUGGAAGUUUAUGGUGAAUAGGUCAUGGUAUACAGGGCCAUCUUUUUAUUUGCUUGUUUAUUCGGAUCUUUUUUCAAGGACUCAUGGUUUCGUUCAUGCUUUUCCCCCCCUUCUUGCUCUCAUCUGGACCGUGUCGUCCUUGAUUUCUGUAACUGUACUACAAUUCUCGAGGGCGUUGUGUAUCUUGGGGGUUGAGGGUGUGGUAAUUAAACGACAUUUUCGUUCUGCAAUAUAAGGAGAUCUAGAUCUACAUGGACACUUGCUUUUUCUUUUCCAAGUAUUGACUCAAGAGUAAGCCAUCAUUCAUCGUAAGUGGUUUUGGUCAUGAAAUUGCCAUUAAGCGGUCGUAGUUUUCAACCAUCCCGAAACGAAGAACAGAGUAGAUAUUUUCCCAGAAAAAAAAGCACGCGGUCUAAACCAAAACACCGGAACACUUGAAAGACCGUCUAUCAGAUGAAAAAAAAAAAAAACAAGGAAAGGAGACCCGAAUCGCUAGCAUAAACAGAGACAUGGCGGUGGUCUUUUUACUCGAACUCGUCGUACACGGGAAUUGGCUUCUCGCCCAGGGCACACAGCCGGAAGAUAUGCCGUGCCUUCGCGCCGUAUUCUUCAUCGAGAUAGUCCACGAUCGCAGAAUCUACCUCGGUCAGUAUCUUUGCAUGAAAACCGGCGGGAUCAAAACUCACGAGUAGUGGACCGAUUGUCAAACAUGACGACAGUCCGCGGCUGCCAACGAACUCUCGCCUGGAAAUCAUGACCGGCAAUAAUAUGAUUCAUCAAGAAAUCCAACAUCCACUUGACCUCGGGCUCCUUCAUUCCCUGAAUCUUGGUAAUGAACUCGGCAUUCAGGAACAAACACUUCUCCCCAGUAACGGGGUGGACACGAAUCAACGGGUGCACCGUAUCAACGGGGUCCUUGCGCACCAAACCGCCCGUCAACCGCGUAUGCGCAAUCAUCUUCGCCGACGAAUGCACGCACUUCAACGUAUCCAAGAACGAGCGCAACGUCGGCGACAACCGCUUAUACGCCAUAUCCGUCGCCGCGAAGACGGUAUCCCCGCCCACCUCGGGCCCCUGCAACAGACCCAACAUGACAUAGCCGGGGGGCUGGAUUUCAUAACUGACAUCCUGGUGCCAGAGGGUCGUCGUCGUGCGGGCGUCCAAAAACCGGGCAAUCUCGUCACGGUUGCCAUCGCGAUGAAUAACGUGGAAAGCCGGGUGGUUGCGCACGGUGCCCGAAACGGGCUGGUAAUUGGGUUUGCCAAAGUACCGCAUAAACGACUCCUGCGCCUCGGGCCCGUCAUCGAUCAGAUCCUGGUCCGGGAAGGCGAGGACUUUGCGCUGGGAGAUGAGGAGGGCGAGUUCGUCUUUGGCGGCGUCGGAGAGACAGUUUAGCUGGACGCCUUCGACGACGGAGCCGAUGCUGGGCUGGAUGUGUUUGACGGUUACGUCCGGGGUGAGGAGGUUGCGCAUGGCGGGGUCUUUGACGCGCAGGGCUGGAUCGAGGUAUUCGAAGGGUGUGAGGGGGUCGAACCAGAUUGGAUCCCAGGUUGGGAGGUAUUGGGGGUAUGGGGUGUUGAUCUGGGAGAUUUUGUCGACGUCGACAUAGGGGAUGUUGAUGUCGUAGCUAAUGGGGAUCUCGGCUUUAUGGCCGUUGUGGCCGUGAUGGCCAUUGGCCUUUGCGCGGAUGAGGGGUGCGGAGGAGGGCAUUGUAUAGGUGAUGAAGAAGGUAGGAUUGAAAAAAAAAGGAAACAAUAGAGGAAGAAACUAUCGCAGACUGGAAGGGCAGUCUUUGUGUAUAGAGUUGAUAGGGAUGGUAUGGAUAGACCCGCCAAGUUCCACUGGGAAAAAGAAAAUAUUAUCAGAUCAACCGGAAACCCGCUCGUCUACUCUUUUAUAUAUACCCACAUUACCCAGUACGUACAUCUACCGUGUAUACUCAACGCCGAUAUACAACCGACCAGCGACUCGGUCCCGCACGGGGGGCCGACCCAAUGGCAAAGUGGGUUCACGCAUGAUAGUGGGAGUCGAAUUAUCAUAGAGGCUUGGGAUAAAGGUAAAAAAGGGAAAAUCCAAAAAAAUAAAAUGCAAGCAAAUGUGCAUCGUGGCCCCUCCCCGGCUUGCAUGAUAGCUUCAAACGCUAGUCCUUUUCAUCUCCGAGUGGGAUAAGGAACCGAAAGAAGAACAAGAAAACCGGCACACGGAAUUUGGGAACG